CGGCUUCAGUGGAGGCUGCAGAGAGCUGCUCAGGAGAAAUCUCUACUCGGUCCUUCCUCUUGUCUGAGCGCCGCAGGAUAAUAACCGAGUGGAUGUGGACAACACGAUUCGUGUCAACCUGUAGAGUUGGGAGUUUUGGGAAGCUAUGCCUUUUUUUAAGAAGGUGCAGAAGGAUCCGUGUCUGAAACACGCCUGUGCCAUACAGAAGUGUUUACAAGCUAACAGCUACAGUGAGGAUCGGUGUGAAGACGUGUUCCGGGCGAUGAGGAAAUGUUGUGAGAUUCAUACGGAGAAGAACUCCGAGUGCUGCGCCGGAUUUACAAAACAGCCCAAAUCCGUCGAGGAGAAACCUGACCAAACAGAACCUCCUACAAAAUAACGCCACCUGUUUAAGACAGACGUAUCACUAUUAUACAUACACUGUAACGGUUUAAGGUUUAGGCAUGUCUAAUCAUCACAAACUCAUCUGUGUGGUUCUUCCACACUCUAAACUACUGCUUAUGGCCCUGGAAGGCUCUCGGGUAGUGAUUUACAACCAGGGUACACAUACCCCAGGGGUACUUCUGCAUUUGCGUGAAGAAUUGUAAACAUCUGAUGGAUUUGUGUGAUGUGGAAAGGGUAUAUGGGAUUAAGGGAUUUAUUUUCCCAUUUGUAGCUACUGUACCUAAACUAGAUUAUCAGUUUGGAUCCAAGUCACAGGAACAGAGGUAACUUUGUCAGAUCGCCCUCAGGUGUCUCAUUAGGGGUCGCAAACAUUAACAUGCGAGUUUAAUUUACUCUAGGAACAUUUUAAUUUGGUUUAGAAAGACCUUAUUAAAACAAUAUUCACUUUUAUAAAUAAUAAUUUAUUUAUGUUUUAAUAUAACCAUCUGAUGCCUAUUUCUCCUCGUACUUGAUGACCUUUUAUCAUAUGAUUCAAGGUUGUAGACAGUCUAGCCUAGAGGGGUCUCCUUUGAAAAAAAAAUACCAUCUGCCUAUUCAUCAAAGUGGACGU